GCAUUCCUUCUGGCAAGAAUCAAUACAGUAUACUACAUUUGAACCGAAAAAUCUUGAUACUGCACCACAAUGCGCUUAUCGUCACUUCUAACGUUGGCGUGUGCCAUUGCUGCAUUGGUUCUUUCCCUGCUUUGCCUGUUUGCAGGUUCUAGCAAAUCAUUUCUCCAAGACGCCGACCUGUUGACGCUGAAUAUCUCUCGUAUCGGGCACGGAAGCCUAUUCAACACCACAGAUGGCGAUGGAGGUGCGCUCGACAAUUUACUCAACACUCUGGAGGGCGACCUCAACGACCUGUUGAACGAUUUCAGCUCUGACGUGGCCACGGCGUUGGAUCUUCCCGACUUCUUCAAUGUCCAUGUCAUGGAUUUCUGCGAAGGAGUGUACAAGCCCAAUGCGACGUUGAAAAACGCGCAGGAAAACAUUACAGGGUGCUCCAACCGCACCGUGGGAUUCCACUUUCAACCUACCAAGAUCAUUCAAGAACACCUUCCUGACGGGGUUACCUUGGAUGACCUCCACUGGCCGGACGAGAUUCGCGAUGCAGAACGUGCCAUUAGAGUCGCCAGUACUGCCAUGACGGUUCUGUACAUCCUUGGUGUUGCAUUUGCUGGCACUGCUGUUCUAGCAGCGCUGUGGAGCAUCUUCACAAAUGGGCGACUGUCAGCAAUGAUCAACUUUCUUAUGGAUGCGCUUGCAUUCCUGGCGAUUGGUAUAGCAUCGGCCAUUGCCACAGCCGUCAUCGUGAAGGCAGUCGAUGCAGUCAAUAAAUAUGGAGACGACAUCGGCAUUGCAGCCUACAAGGGAGGAAAGUUUUUGGGAAUGACCUGGGCUGCGACUGCAGUUAUGCUGUUCGCUUCAGUGGUGUCCAUUGCUCAAUGCUGUGCUCCCAGAUCAAGAAGCCGGAGAUAUGGCGAGAAGGAUGGAUACUAGAUAUUUGCUCACCGACUGGUGUAAGCGAAGGCCAUAUUCAGCAGAAGCCGUACAGAUGAUGGGUAUGAGAG